GUACAUUCACCUUUUUUGAGAACUUGUGAUGUUUGUAAUAAAAUCAACAAGUGUGUGAUCCAAAUUUAAUGAAAAAUCACUAAAUAACAACCACAAAAUUACUUAAUUUAUACGAAGUACUACAUAGUUUUUUUUUGAGACCAUGGAAUACUAUAUAUUAUCUCCGUUAAUUGUUAUCUGUAACUUUGGGCAUUAUUUGAGAUAUAAAAUAUUCCAAAGUUGCAGAAUGAUAAUAAACGAAGGUAGAGUUUUUUUUUUUUUUUUUUUUUUUUUUUUUUUUUUUUUUUUUUAAUAAAAAUAAGGAAUAACAAGGAAAUAAUGAAAAGAAAAAAAAAAAAGCCCAUUUACUCUCCACAUUUCCACAUUUAACAAGUACAAUAUAAACCUGCCCUUUCCUUGCCCUCUAUAUUCCUCUUCCUUACACCAGGACAAAUUCCCCUUUUUAUUAUCUCCCUGUAAUUCAUACUUCACUCCUCAACAUUUUUACUUUUUUAAUUACACAUUUAUUGAAAGAAAUCAAACAAAAAGGUAAGCUCUUUUAUACUAACAAUAUGAUUAUUCAAUAUUAAUUUUCAUAUAUACAAUAAUCCAUAAUUCCAUAAACCUUCUAUUUUACCUGAAAUAGAUCAAAACAGUAGUAACUUUAUGCAUAAAUGUUGAUAAUCAACAACUUUUUAUUUACUUUAUUUUAUCUUUUCAUUUUUUAUACUGAAAAAAGAUUUGAUCUUGUGCAGAGACAGAAGCCCAUAAAAGGUGGAGGAGAGAGAAAAUGUAUAAUCAGAGUGAAUCUGCUGCUUGCUUUGACCCCAACAACAACCCUGAUGACCAACCUGCUUCUGCAGCAAUUGCUGCUGCUGCUGCAAUUAAUGGGUUUUCAUCCUAUGAGACAAAGACAAAGACUAUCACAACAAUUCUGCAGGAAUCAGAUUUCCAAAACCCUAAUAAUAAUCUUUGUAAUCAUUCUCAUUAUGAUCCCAAUACUACUUGGGACCAUAAUUCUGAAAUGGGUUUCACCAAUUUUGUUGAAAACAUACACCAUCACACUACUACAACUGAUCUUCUUACACUUCUGCACUUACCCAUUUCCUCUUUUGCUUCUGCUUCCUCCUCUUCGCCACCACCGCCUUCGGCUUUCGGGCUUUUAGGGGAGUUUAACCCGGCUAUGAUGGUUGAUUACCCGGUACACGGUGCCGGGUCCGGAUCUUCUUAUGAUCCUAAUUUGUUCCCUCAGAAUUCUGCUUUUAUGAUGAGAGAUCAGAUUUUGUUUCAUCCUAAUCACGUGUUUAGUACCGUGAAUGUGAAUGGGAUUGAUGGGGUUUACCAAGAAGAUGAUACCCAAUUUCUUAGGAAUGGGAUUCUUGAGUUUAGGAAAGGGAAAGGGAAAAUGGGUAAUAAUAAUAAUAGUAAUAAUAAGAGCCCUUAGAAUUCUGCUACUGAGAAACAAAGGAGGAGAAACUUCAGUGACAAGUAUGAGUAUCUCAGCAAACUCAUUCCCAACCAAACCAAGGUAUAUAAUGCUUAUUAAAAUUAUGGUUGAAUUUUUUACUAUUCUUUUGUCCGGAUUUUAUAGUCACGUAAUUACUCGUUUAGUUUACUCCACCUACAUCAUUAUUUUAUUAGUCACGUAAUUACUCGUUUAGUUUGCACUAUCUACAUGACUAUUUUAUUAUAAAGGCCAGAUUUAAUAGUCAGUGAACUACUCGUUUAGUUUAUACUGUAUACGUGAUUAUUUUAUUAUAAAGAAACAAAUUAUUUUAUAUUUUUUUUUAUGUGGGAGAUUAUUUUUUUGGUGUGGGUGAUUGUUUUAUAAAUUUUUGGAGGAAAUCCAAGUUCAUAUCUUGUUUAUAUCAGGGUAUGUAAGUCAUUUCGCGUGGGUAACUGAGGGGUAUAAUUGUCAAUUUUAGGUUUCUGCUGAUAUUCCCGUUUUGGUAUCCCCGUUUCAGUACUAUCCUGACGUUAACAGAAGACUUUAACUUUUAAGUGUCGAAUUGACGGGGUAAAAAGGACCAUUUUCACGAAAUGGCAGCAGCUUGAAGAAAUUGAGCACCCUAACCAAAUCCAGAAAUAAAUCAACUCCUUUAACAAGAAUGUACAAGUAAUGCUAAUUUAUAUAAAGGAAAACAAACCUGCAAUUCACCGGCUAAAAUACCCAGGAGUACGACCCUAAUUUCGCCAUUAUCACCACGUUUCUCGUACUGCUGCGAACCCUAGUUCGAUUUUGGAAUUUGGGGGAAAGAUAGUAGUAGUUGUUACUUGUUAGUGGAUUGAUUUGAAGGAAGAGAGAGAUAGAACUGGAAUUCGAAAAAAAGGGAGCAAAAUGAUGUCAAGAUCUUAUACCAAUCUUUUAGAUCUAGCUUCGGGGAAUUUUCCUGCGAUGGGGUUGGGGCGGGAGAAAUAGCGGCUUCCGAUGGUGAUGACGGUGGCAGGAGUGAUAUCGUAGCUUUUCUUUUUCUAGUAGUAUCUUUGUUUUGUAACUUUCUCUCUCCUCCUACCUAGAACCCAGAUUUAAUCAAUCCACA